AUGGCUUGGCAAAUACCAGCUGCCGCUCAAUGGAACCCCGCAGGUGUCCCUAUGGCUCCUGAUCCUUCUAAUAUGAACAUGGGUUCGAUCACACCAGAUCAAUGGACUCUGAUGCAACAGCAAAACUGGCACCAAUGGGCCCAAUGGCAGCAACAAUAUGCCCAAUGGCAGACUCAGUAUGGAGAGAAGUUUUCCAAGCAAAUGAUGCAGAAUAUGGGUGUGGCCCCGCAACCAAGUGCACCUCUUCCAGCACCACUACCCCCAGAUAAGCCACCGCCACCUCCACCACCACAUGAAAAUGAUCAACCUCUUUAUGGGACCAAACCUCCUGCACCAUCUAUGCCAAUGCAACCAUAUAGUGCAAAUGCUGGUAAUUCUACUUUGAAUACAGGUAAUAAUCAAAAUUGGUCACACAAUGCAGAUAAUCUCAGGAAUGAUACAGUUCAGACUCCAUCUACUAUUAACAAUGAGGCUUUGAAGAAGCUUGCAGAAGAAGAACAUUUGUUUGAUAUUCAGUUUCAGAAGUGGGAGGAAGAAAUCGAGAAGUGGAAAAAAGAGAAUGUCAAUCAUCCUGAUAAGAGAGCAUAUAGUGAAUAUGAACAAAAGUUUGAAGCAUGCCGGGCUCAAUUAUUGGAGAGACGACAGCAGAUGAACCUUAAAAGAGCUCAACUUUUGGGUAAUGUUUCUAAUACAGCAAGCACAGUCACUGCAGGUAAUAAUAUUACUGCACCUAUUCAAAAUGCAAAUUUAAAACCAAAUAAUCAACCUAACCAGAUUUCUAAACCUCCUCAAAGUUAUCAACAUAACAACAAUACUCGGCAUGACUAUAACAGGGGAAAUAAUAAAAAUAUGGAACCACAAGAUAGAUAUGAUUCAUAUGUAGCUAAUGAAAGUUAUACAUCCCAUGGAAGGAAUCAAAACUAUCCUCCAAUAGAAAAUCAAGAUUAUACUCAGGUAGGUGCAGCAUCUUCAUUCUUUCCUAAUAAUGAAGCACCUAAAGGAAUUCCUGGAUUAGACUUAGUCCCAGAAACUGAGAAGGCGCCAGAGCAAGUUGUUGUUGAUAUUACUGAGGAGCACAGAGAAGAGCAAGUAAAACCAAAAGCACCAGAUUAUUCAACAAUUUCUCAAGGCAUAAAUAAUAUUCUGGGUGAUGAGAAAAUAAUGAAUAUUCUAUCUAUGAUGCAAAGUCGGAAACCUGGGGAUAAUUACCCUAAUAUUGGCCAAGAAAAUGCUAGUGCUAAUUUAAGUGGUCCACCGACAGAUGCUUAUCAGAAUCAAAAUGAUUAUUAUGGCAGGAGUGAGUUUAAUGGCACACAACAAGGUUCUGGGUAUCAAAAUAGACAUCAGCAGGCCAGCAACUACGACAACAGAUCACAGAAAUAUAACAUUGAUAAUAGGUCAGAUGACAGUGGUAGUUAUGGUAAUAGACCCACACCACAUAACUUUGAUAAUAGACCCCCAUCUAACAACUUCAGUAUUAGGCCACCUCCGCUAAUGAACUUUGCAACCAGACAACCACCCCACAACUUUGAUACUAGUCAACCACCACCUAAUUAUGAUAACAUGCAAAAUAAUACAUUCCAUAAUAGACCACAGAACAGUAAUUAUGAUAAAACAAAUCAACAAAAUGCUAACUAUCAAAUAAAAUCGAACUAUCAAAAUAAUUCUCAAGAUGCAUAUGAGCAAGGAUAUAAUGAAAGCAAUACACGGGUAAACUAUGAUCAGUAUCAGGGUAAUGUACCUCCAGAGCGUAGACAGGGUACUGUAAACAGACCAGCUCCAAGACCAUUGCUAGAAAUUAAUCCACUUAUGGACAAUCAAAUGCUUGGUUUUGAUCAGAGACGUAUACAGGCAAAUGUGAAUGCUCCUUUGCCCCAAAAACCGACAUGGCCUGAGGAACCACUAUUUACACCUUCAAUUAUAGUUGAAUAUGAGCACCAGUCCUUGAGAUUGAAAGCUCGCGAAUUUAUUGAACCUGUACACACAUUUGAUUAUGAUCACAAGUCAAAGGAUGAAGAUAUAAAGAGAAACUUUGAAAAGGAAGUUGAAGAAUUAUACACUAGAGAACCGCGAACUUCGGAAAAGGAGAACAGCCGUUUUAGUAGGGAUUCUUAUACAAGAGAUUAUGAUAGACGUCCUUCCAAAAAUGUUUAUGAUGACUACAGGCAGAGGCCACGAGACGACCCCUAUCCUCAUCGUGACGAUAGAGCGAAAACAGAUAACAGAAUGGACGAUAGAAGCCAUGACGAUAGAGACAGGACACAUAGACGGGAUGAUUUUAGAGAGAGAGAUGUAAACAGAGACAGGGAUAGAGAUUUUAGGCGAGAUAGAGAAAGAGAAGAUAAUGACUUUGGCCGCGACAGAGGUUCGGGUCGAAGAGAUGUAAUUAGGGAUCGAGAUUUUGGACGGGAACGAGAUUAUGGUCGUGGUAGGGAUAAUGUGAGGGAUAGAGUAAGGGAUAUUGACUCCAGUAGAGACAGAGAUAGUGGGAGAUAUCCUGACAAACAGAGAGAAGCUGUACGUAGUCGCAGUCGUGAUAGGGAUGUUCGUAAGCGCGAUCACAGCGUAGAGAGUGAGGCUAGCAAUAGUUCAAAGAAGAGUAAAUCUCUACCAGUUGCAAUGCCACAACGGCAACCUCAAAAGCAUGUUGUAAUGAUUGAUGAUUUGUUAGAGGAACCUGGCCGAAGUAUGCGACCGCAGAAAAUUGUCAUUAUCCUCAGGGGCCCACCUGGUAGUGGAAAAUCAUAUUUAGCUAAAUUAAUUAGAGAUAAGGAAGCAGAACAUGGUUCUACUGUAAGAAUUAUGUCCAUUGAUGAUUAUUUUAUGCAAGAAGGUGAAAUAGAAGAAAAAGACCCCACUACAGGAAAAACUGCGAAAAAACCCUCCUUAAAAUACGAGUAUGAUGCUGCAUCAGAAGAAACAUACAUAACAUCAUUAAAGCGAGCUUUCAAAAGGAGUAUAACUGAUGGAUAUUUCUCCUUUUUAAUCUUUGACGCUGUGAAUGAUCAGCUGAAAUGUUAUGCGGAUAUGUGGAACUUUGGAAGGCAAAAUGGAUUCCAAGUAUACAUUUGCACGAUGGACCUGGACCCGCAAACAUGUCACAAGAGGAACAUACACAAUCGCUCGCUGGAGGACAUAGAAAAUAUAUGCGCUAGGUUCUUCCCGACUCCUGCGCACCAUCUGCACUUGGACCCGACGACGCUUCUCCAAAGUGCCGCCAUUACGGAAGUCACUAUGGAGGAUGCGGUUUCCAUGGAGGAUGUUCAAGAAACUGAGCAGGUCGAAAAUAGUUUUACUUCGAAGUGGGAGAGAAUGGACGAUGUCAACCAACUAGCACGGCUCGACGGCACCAGCAAACCGCUUCGACCCAAGCUCUCAAUGGAAGACUACUUGCAGCUAGACGAAUGGACACCUAACAAAGCCAAACCGGGAAAGAAAACUGUACGCUGGGCGGACAUUGAAGAGAGCAGAGAACAGGAAAAGAUGCGCGCUAUCGGUUUUGUUGUCGGUCAGACGGAUUGGAAUCGGAUGACCGACCCCACUAUGGGGUCUAGUGCGCUGACUAAAACUAAAUAUAUUGAACGCGUUACUCGUAACUAA